AAUUGUUACAAGCAAAAUAAUUUAAAUUUUAAAAUGAAAUCCGGAGAAUUACUUAAUGGGAUGCUCACCUUGACUGUUUCUAGUCUGUUCAAAACAAAUCGAAACUAUGAGUAUAUAAUGACAAAAUAUAAUGAUAAUGAAACAAAUAUUCCAAAAACUCCGCAUAAAAAGAGAACACCUAUUGAUAGUGGCAUUGCCAUGAAAGUUCGCAAAUGGGUAGAUGACAAUGGCAUUGAUUUCCUGAAUAAGUCUUUACAAAACCUGGGGUUAACUCUUCAGGACAUCAAGGACUUCAAUCCUAAAAUGGCUUCGAAUGAGUUUCUCAAUCAAGAAAAAUAAGAAAGUUAAGGAUCAGUUAAAACUUUAUGAUUCCAUACUCUCUUCUUGAAAGUUUGAUAAUUUGGAACAAAAUCCGGAGGAAGACUACAAAGGAUCUAUAAAAGCUGCAAACACAGCAGAUUUUGGUUCUUCUCAUUCAGCCUGCCAGUAUAAUCCAACACGGGCGGAUAAAGAGCCUCUCCGACCUCUUUACAUGUACUACAAGAAACUGAAGCAAGGCAUUAUUGCUUCUAAAACAAGUAUCAGAAAGUCAAGUGUCACAGUGAGAAAACAAGCUGUGCUUACUGAGAGGAAAGAAAACCAAGCUCUCUCGUCCAACAGAAGGUCUUAUGAUGGACUGAAGAGAUCUAAGAAUAUCAUUUCAGACACUAGCAGUGUCUCCUCUCUAGGAAAGGAGAACGUUCACCAGAAUGUCAUCAAUAACAACCCUAAAGAGACUAAGAAAGAUAAGGAAUCAAGCAUUCGAAAAUUAAUGAAGCAACGUGAGAGUUUGACAAAGGAACGUAAAUCCUUACGGAUGUUGUUGGACAAAUUCGAGAAGGAAUUUAUCACCAAAAAUGGCAGGAAGAUUAAAUACAUGAAUGAUGUCAAACCUGUGGCUAAGGAAUACAGUCGUUAUAAGUCCCUGAAAGGGAUCAUCCAUGACCUUGAGGACAAAAUUAGAUCCUUGGCUGAUUUAUAGGGACAAAAUGUUUAAUUCAACCA